CAAUUUCCCUCCCGCAAUUACAGGAGUGCUUAUAUCGGCUCUCCAUCUCCUCUCGCCCUCCUCCCUCUUCUUAUCUUUCUCAAAUACACUUUUCUUCCUUGUCUGAUUCGAUCCAAUUGGCCGCAGCUUCCCGCGAAUUCGUGAAACCUAGGGUUUCACUGCGGAACCACACGUUCAUUCCCUCGCGCGCUGAUAAUAAUAUCUUUCGUGGGUUUUCCAUUUCCGUGAUCUCGUUGAGGGGACGAACGGGGGAUUGUUUGGUUUGGAGAGGACGUGGGGGAAGAAUACUCUUUUCUCGAGGCGUUAGGGUUUGUGUCUGCUCUACAGAUCUGAAGUCGGAGUUACUGGGACGGACAGGCGAUUGAUUCCCUUUGGUGAAUUGUAGAAAGAUGUUUUGGCGUAUGGCUGGCCUCUCCACUGCUUCGCCGGUGGAGACAAUAUUGGACAAAGAUAAUUUUACUCUAGAGGAACUGCUGGAUGAAGAUGAAAUAAUUCAAGAAUGCAAGGCACUCAAUGGGCGCCUGAUCAACUUUUUGCGAGAGAAGGCUCAGGUGGAGCAGUUGAUUCGAUAUAUUGUGGAAGAGCCGACAGAGGAUGCUGAGAAAAGGCGGGCGUUCAAGCUCCCGUUUAUUGCUUGUGAGAUUUUUACUUGUGAAGUUGAUAUCAUACUGAAAACAUUGGUAGAAGACGAAGAGUUGAUGAACUUGUUGUUUUCGUUCUUGGAGCCAACCCAUUCCCAUGGGACACUGUUAGCAGGCUACUUCAGCAAGGUUUGUAUAUGCCUUUUGCUGCGAAAGACGGUUCCUUUCUUAAACCAUGUCAAGGGUCAUCAGGAAAUUCUUGCAAAGCUGGUUGACCUUAUUGGUAUUACCUCUAUUAUGGAGGUUUUAAUCCGGUUAGUUGGUGCUGAUGAGCAUUUGUACUCGAGUUACGCAGAUGCCAUGCAGUGGAUACAGGAUACAAGUGUUCUGGAGUUGAUUGUCGACAAGUUCAGCUCAUCUGAUUGUCCAGAGGUGCAUGCUAAUACGGCUGAGACCCUUUGUGCAAUAACCCGAUUUGCUCCCCCUGGUCUUGCUACCAAAAUAUCCAGCCCAAAUUUCAUUGGAAGGUUGUUUCGACACGCUCUGGAAGAAUCAAGGCCAAAAUCUGUACUAGUUAACUCACUAUCAAUAUGUAUAUCUUUGUUAGACCCCAGGAGGCUUAAUUUAGGGACAUAUCAUACGUACAAUCGCCAGCUGAAUCAUGGAUCUGCAGUAAGUGGUAGUCCAACCACUGUUGAGGGGAUGCUCGAAAGCUUAGGUGACCUUCUGAAGCUUUUGGAUGUUUCAUCAACAGACAAUGUCUUGUUAACCACAUAUGGAAAGUUGCAGCCACCUCUUGGCAAGCACCGUUUAAAGAUUGUGGAAUUCAUCUCAGUCAUCCUAACCAUUGGCAGUGAAGCUGCUGAGAAGGAAUUAAUUCGACUUGGAGCCAUCCAGAGGAUUUUAGACUUGUUUUUUGAGUAUCCCUACAAUAAUUUCUUGCACCACCAUGUAGAGAGCAUUAUAUUUUCGUGUUUGGAGAGCAAGAAUGGUUGUCUUUGUGAACAUCUUUUACAUGAAUGUAAUCUUGUGACAAAAAUACUUGAAGCUGAAAUGAAUUUCACAUUGGCAACCGAUUCAAGCAAGCCAACUGUCCCUGCUGAGGGUAGAUCGCCACCUAGGAUAGGGAAUAUUGGACACUUGACACGUGUUUCUAAUAAACUGGUUCAGUUGGCAAAUAACAACUCUGCUGUUCAAGCACUUCUGCAGGAAAGUACUCAAUGGAUUGAUUGGCAAACAACUGUGUUGACCAAGCGUAAUGUGGUAGAAAAUGUCUACCAGUGGGGAUGCGGGAGGCCAACUACUCUGCAAGACCGGAGAGAUAGUGAUGAUGAUGAUUAUCAAGAUAGAGACUAUGAUGUUGCUGCUCUUGCAAAUAAUUUGAGUCAAGCAUUCCGAUAUGGUAUUUACAACAAUGACGACAUGGAUGAGGUGCGUGGCUCACUUGAAAGAGAUGAUGAGGAUGUCUACUUCGAUGAUGAAUCUGCUGAAGUAGUCAUAUCUUCUCUGCGUUUGGGUGAUGACCAGGACAACAGUUCGCUAUUUACAAACUCCAACUGGUUUGCUUUCGAGGAUGACAGAGCUGCAAAUGAGCGGUCUGCUGGUGCACCUGCUUCUUCCUCACCAAAUAAUAAUGACGAGGGUGGGACUGGUGGUGCUGCCACUGAUAUUCGCAGCACGGAGAAUGUGGCAGCAGCUAGUGAAGACGAUGAUUUAGGUGACACAGCCACUUCUUUACCACCAUCAGUUGACGAAUGCAACAAGAACCUGGACGAGACGUCUGCGAACACUAGUCUGUCUAAAGACUCGAACGAAGAAUCGGAAACUGGAGUAAAUGAUAAUAAACCACCUGCUUGGGUUGAAUGGAGGGAAACACCAGAUGAUGUUGAUAAUGGUUCACCAUCUGGUUCAAAGCAACCUCCUCCACCUCCCAACAGCGAGCUUCAAAUAGACGCAGCAGUAAAUCAGGUGGAGGGUGGUCAGGAUGGCAGUCCAGAGUCUGUUGGUGAGCAGCAGUCUUCUACUUCUCCAGCUGAAUGCCCCUCAACUGACUCGGCCAAUGAGAACCAAUCUUCUAGUGGUACAAACCCUAUUGCUUAUGGUGAUGCUGAUGGCAAGACUGCAGAUGUAGAAACAGUUGAAGAGAAGAAUGCUGGAGAAAUGGCUAAAGAUGAUGAAUGAUGACGAUGACGAUGACAUGGAAAAGAGCAACUAAAUGUGAAGAAUUAUUCUUGACUGCAGAAUCAAUCAUUGGUUAUAACUCGGUUUAACUCAUGCUCUGUGCCAACUGGAUUGGGUUGGAAGAAGAUGGGUGGAUUGAGGAAAAGGAGCUCUCUGUUGAGUGACUAGUUGACUCUACUUCAGAGCCUCCUUUGUAAAUUUGUUGCAAGGAUUUAUUGUGUAGGGAUAAAAGAAGUAUCAAUUCUGUCUUCCUCAGCUCACAGCUUGGACGUGAGGCUUGCCACCGCCUCCACCCGCCCCUCAAAGGAAGACGGUAGUUGACCAUUUUCUUCUCCUUUUUUGUUCCCCCACUCCAGUUAUAAAUUUCAUUUUCUUUUUCUUUUCCCUCUAUUUUUCUUUUAUAUAUAUUUUCCCACUUCAGGUGAUCCAAUGUUCCUAUUCAUUGAUAAUUGUUUAAGGCUGUCGAAGCUUUGGUCGCCCUUUCCUUCCACAGGUCUUGUUUAAAAACUGGAAUUUGUUAGAAUGUUAAAUCACAUGGGAUUUUGUAGCACAUUGAUCUGUUCAUAUUUAUGACCCAUGCUUUGGCCUCC